CCGAGCUGAGCCGGCUGCGCAGGCAGUUCAUCACCUACACCAAGAUGCAGCCCAGCGAUGAGAACAUGCCCCAGCUGGCCAGCAUGUUCCUGCAGUACCUGAGCCGCAGCAUCCAGUGAACCAGUGGCAGUGGCCGUGGUUGUAGAAGUACUUGUGACAGUAGGAACACGCCUUCUAGACGCAGACCCCGCAGAGCCUGGAUCCCACCUGUCGUGUAUCGGAUAUUUGGCAGCAGCAGCUCUGGGUGCCGUGUUCCCGCAGCAGCCAAGCAGACAAUUUCUGAGAGAAUCUGUAGGGAUACAGUUCCCCACACCCCUGAAUUCUCCCCAUCAAAAAGGAGAGCAGCUGUUGCAUCCCCAAGCAAGUGAAGUCUCCUGUGGAGACAUAAACCCCAGUAAUAUAGUAGUGUCUGAGCGUGAAAGCGCAAAAGGUGAUGACUGUAUGUCUUGAAUAAGAAGAUUGUUUUUCCAGGGCUGCCUCCAGAUAAUGUCAAACUGCAGAAGAGACUUCAGGUCCAGAACUAGAACAGGAUGUGACUGUUUCAAGAAGUCUGACUGAACCCAAGAGAGAUUUGCAGCUCUAUACUGCAAAAGGGUGCUGGCUUAGCAAACUCAAAAGAGGUUUAACAAUAAAAUGUGUGCCUUAAAUGGACUAAACUCUUAAUUUAUCUGCAGGACUAUUUUAUUGAAAUAACUCGCCGUGUCUUUUCUCUGCAAGUGGUUUGCCUCUUAUGGUUAUCAUCCACAAGUCCUGGUGUGGAGCUUGCAAAGCUUUAAAGCCAAAGUUUGCUGAAUCCAAGGAGAUCUCUGAACUUGCCCAUAAUUUUGUUAUGGUCAACCUUGAGGAUGACGAAGAGCCCAAGGAUGAAGCCUUUAGUCCUGAUGGAAGUUAUAUCCCCAGAAUCCUUUUCAUGGAUCCCAGUGGAAAAGUCCAUCCAGAAAUCAUAAAUGAGAGAGGAAACCCCAGCUACAAGUAUUUCUAUACCAAUGCUGAUCAAGUUGUCCAGGGGAUGAAGGAGGCCCAGGAGAAGCUGACAGGUGAUGCUUUCAAACAAAAGCACCUGGGAGAUGAACUAUAAUGGAUACGAUAAAUGAUGAUUUUUCACUGCUUCAAAACUCUAAAAGGAAACGAUUGAACAGACUGAGAAUGUAGUUGCACUGAAGGGACAUAAUUCUCCUGUCAACAAUGUUAGGGUAAACCCUGUUUGGAGUUCACACACAUGCAUCAGUCACAGUGUUUUCUCCCCCUGCCUGGAAGUUUGCACUGUGAUGAUUAUUUGCAACUAGGUAAUGUGCAAACACAUCCCGUUGUGUGUUUGAGCAACCACUAAUAUUUGGUGUUAAAAGGGAGGUGUGUAGGGAAGAAUAUUAUUUGAGGACAAACAAUGUGAUUGAAAAAACUAGUAGCAGCCAACAUUUUGACACCUAAUCAGGGUUGAAUUCCUCUUUUCUCACUGGUAUUAUGUGAUCCCAUUGUUUUUACUGGGCAUUGCCAUCAAUGGGGCAUCUUCCUAGGCCAGGUAUUUUCUAGAUAUCCCAAAACACGAAUUCUGCCAGUAACCCAGUAGAAUACAUUUCAUGAAUGUCCAAGUAGCAUGUGAAAUUAUCAGCUCUGCAAAUGUAUUUUUGUGUAAAACUGUGUGAUUCACUUUUAUUUGCCUUUGGGCAGAAAAUUAACUUUUUCCUUAUGCACUCACCUUUUGAUUGUUCCAUCAAGUGAGGGUGGGUUAUGUUGAAGCUUUACGGGGUUUCCCCUUUUAUUCUUUGAAUGUUUUUUGGCCAAUGCCUUGCCAUCACAUUGUACUGUAUUUUUGUACCAGGGUGAAAAAAAAAUAAACCUUUUUAAACAUAA